AUGUCAGUCCAACAUCCAACGUGCUUUUUACAAGAUGAUCUUUAUACCACAAGACAAAUGGCAACAGCAACCAACUGCCGUAAAGUGUCACUGAUACGCACAAACUUGUAUCCAGAUUCGGCAUCCACUUUGGUCGAGGAUGCCCAUAUUUCACACCCAAACGCCACCAGCACGACAGGAACUACCACAACCACCGCCAACAACUUUUUCCAGCCAGCCUUUUUCAUGUUGUUGUUUUCUCGCCUUAUCGAUGCUGUUAUCUUUACCUCAGCUAUUGCUAUUACGGCAUACAACUAUUGGACGGGUGACUUACCACAGCCGGCUGCAAACCAUCAAGCAUUGAUUUCAUCCGCACCAGCACCAUCUCGUACAUCAUCUUCGAGCCGUAGCAAGCGUAAUUCUUAUGCUUCAGCUUCAUCACCUCUCGUACAAGUGCGUAGAAGAAUGACUGAAGAAUGGGCUGCUGAUACUCUCCAAGAUAAUGACCAACAAGAUUCCCAUCAUCAACACCACAAUCGAGCCUCAACUUAUGCGCGUCCCACAUUUGCCAGCAUGAACAAAUUUCAUUCUUCACCAGCUAUCGUCGGCGAUCAACAACCCAAUAAAAACCAGCAACAUGUGCGCACAAAGCAUCGAUCCAAGUCAUUCAAUCAACCCAAACAAUCUCAAGAUGAAAUGUUGGCCCGAAUGCAAACACAAUUAGAGAACCUGAUCCAGGAGGGCCAGGCUGCCCUGAACAGCCCAGCCUUCGAUAUGAGCGACGAUGAUGAUGAUGAAGGUCGAAACAAUAGACUCAUUUCUUCGCCGUCUACAUCAAAAAGAUCUCGCCGCAUCAAUCAAAAGAAGCACCAAAAGAGAUACUCGAGCGUUUUUCCAUGA